GUGAGUUAUAGAACUGGCUGAUUUUAAGCUCCCUACCUUAUUGUGGUCUUGCAAAACAGAUGGACGGAGUAGAUUUGCCACAGACAUAUCUGAGGGCCCCACGUAUCCCCAUUCAAAGUAACAUCUAUGUGCCCAGGCCCUCAAUCCCGUCGUCAGGCAAAAGAGACGGUAUCUAAUAAACAUACACCAAAUAAUGGUGUAUUUCUACCCGCACUGAUCAUUCCCUCAGUAUAAGUAAACCCUACCUCCCUCCGCAAUGCUCACGACUACCAUACCAUUACAGGUGGCCCACCUAAGGAAACCGAUCACCACAGCUGCUCUUACAACAUGAACGGCCAAGAUCGCCAUUCCCCACGUCGCAGCACCACCAUCGAAAACCCAUCGGAAACAACCAACGGCGCCUGUUCAGCCUCCAACCUCAUUCAAAAGAUCAGAAACAAUCUCAUCCUUCGAUCAAAAUGGGCGGAACUCAACGGAGCGAUGGGAGAUUUGGGAACGUACAUCCCCAUAAUCAUGGCCUUGACACUAGCCAAGGACCUUAACCUUGGUAUCACACUCAUUUUCACUGGCAUCUACAACAUCAUCACCGGCAUGAUCUACGGCGUACCGAUGCCUGUCCAACCCAUGAAGGCGAUCGCAGCCGUUGCAAUCUCCCACGGUCCGGAUUUCGGCGUCCCCGAGAUCAUGGCAGCUGGAAUCUGCACCGGCGGGACGCUUCUUGUGCUGGGAGUAACAGGGCUAAUGGAAUUCGCUUACAAGCUCAUCCCUCUGCCGGUGGUGAGAGGCGUCCAGCUCUCACAGGGCCUGUCCUUCGCUUUAACGGCCGUUAAGUACGUUCGGAAUGUUCAGAACUUCUCAAAAGGGAAAGCUAGCGGCGAGAAUCGCCGUUGGCUGGGCUUAGAUGGGCUGAUCUUAGCCCUUGUUUGUGCUUGUUUUAUUGUGAUUGUCAGUGGAGCGGGCGAAGAAACCGAUGAAGCUGAUGAUGAGAUGGACGGUGGUGAUGGGGUUUUAUGCGGUGAAUCGACGGAUAAGAGAGGGCGGUUUUGGAGAUUUUUUAUGUACCUUCCAUCAGCUAUGAUUGUGUUCUUGUUGGGUGUUGUUUUGGCUAUCAUAAGGAGGCCCAGUGUAGUGAAGGAGAUUGAAUUUGGACCGUCCAAUGUGAAUGUAGUGAGGAUAUCUGCUCAUUCCUGGAAGGAAGGCUUCUUGAAAGGUGCGAUACCGCAAAUACCUCUUUCCGUUCUCAACUCCGUGAUAGCGGUGUGUAAGCUGUCGUCGGAUCUCUUCCCGGGGAAGGAUUUCUCGGUGACGUCGGUGUCUGUGAGCGUUGGGCUGAUGAAUUUGGUGGGAUGCUGGUUCGGCGCCAUGCCGUGCUGCCAUGGGGCUGGUGGGCUCGCUGGGCAGUACAAGUUCGGAGGGAGGAGCGGUGGGUGCGUUGCUAUCUUGGGGACAGCUAAACUAGCGUUGGGGAUCGUCUUGGGCAGCUCGAUCGUGAGGAUCUUGAUGCAGUUUCCGGUGGGGUUGUUGGGUGUGCUUCUCUUGUUUGCGGGGAUCGAGCUGGCCAUGGCUUCAAAGGAUAUGAAUUCCAAGGCGGAAUCGUUCGUUAUGCUCGUCUGCACUGCUGUUUCGCUGGUGGGGUCCAGCGCCGCGCUCGGGUUCGUGUGUGGGAUUGUGGUGCAUGUCCUUCUCAUGCUUAGGAGCUGGAAGAUCAAGAGCUGGAAGAUUUGGCAUGGAUGAGGGAUGGAUUUCGUGGGGAGAUGGUAUUAGGAGAUGUUGGGUGCAGUUGGUUUCUGUAGCGGCUGGAGGAAUUUCAUCGAACACUUGUUGUGCAAGCUCGUAGUCUCAUCUACCGUGCCGAUUAGUGACGCCUUUGUGGAUCCCACCAUAAUGAUGUGUUUUAUCUA